AUGGAGAAAUUACCAAAUGAAUUGUGGCAAAUAAGUUUUAGCUAUUUGCACGGUAUAGAAAUCCUGUAUUCGUUUCACAAUUUAAAUAUACGUUUCGAACAACUUAUUAAACCAUAUGUUAGUAAUGUUGAUCUCAGUGAUAUCUCCUAUAAAUCAUUCAAACAAAUUAACGACCAGAUUUUUCCACAAUAUACAAAUCAAAUCCGUUCAUUAACAUUAAAAAAUCGUUUUCAAUUAUAUUUAUUCAAUGAAUUUUGUGAACAACAAUUGUCACCAACGAAAAUAUUACAAAAUACUCGUUCUUAUAGGCACAAUAGAAACAUAAAGAAACAAGAGCAACGAACGUUAAGUAACAAAAUCAAAUCAUGUUUUCAAUUACCGAAAAAUCUACGACGCUUAACAUUAAUUGAUGAUCGCCAUCGUGAAAUUAUUCAUGAUUGCUGUAGUUGCGGUUUUGAUGAUGAAUCACCUACACCAAUCGAUUUUAAUUUUGAACAAAUACCACCAGAAUUCUGUACUCAUUUAAAAGAACUUCAUGUCUUUGCAUAUUUUGAUUUGAAUCGAACACUCGAACAGAUCGCAUCACAUUCACAACUACCAGUGAGUUUAACACACUUAACACUAAUACGAGCGAAUGGUGGUGGGAUUCAAACGACAACAAAUAUGAUAAUGCCAAACAUAAAAUCGUUAACCAUUCAGUUAUCUGGUUUACAAGCUGUGUUUCCUUUUUUUCGUAUUAUGACUAAUUUAAAUGAACUAAACGUAUCUAUUCUUACUAAUAAUGAUCUAUUCAGUACAUUUCUUAAUGAUGCUGAUGAUUCGACAAAUGAAGACGUAAAUUUUCAAAUUCCUAGUUCAUUAACUAAAUUACAUUUAGAAUCAGUACGAUCAAGUCGCGAUCGUUUUUCCCCAAAAUAUCAAGAGAUAAAAAAAUUUCUCUUCUUAUUUAAACAUCAAUUACAAUCCCUUAGUUUAAUAGUAUUCAAUAGUCGUGACAAAGAAUUUGCCAAUCUAAAUGGAUUUCAAAAUAAUUUUUCUCAUCUUAAAUCGUUUCAAUAUUAUAUUCACACAAAUCAAUGCCCAACUGAUUUCAAUCAGUGUGUUAAAAAAUUACCUAAUGGUGCAUACGAACUUUACACACCAAAACAUCGACCCAGCAGUUUUACACUUAAUAAUAGACGACGGAUGCAACAUAGAGGAGAUAUUCGCGAAAUGUGCUACGACAAUUUAACUGCUCUUACCCUAGACGACAAUACUACACUGAAAAAGGUACAAAUCGCACCUAAAUUACGCAACCUAAUUGAAAUUAACUAUUUGAUCACUGCUGACUGGAAACUAGACGGAUAUGAUCCUGAAUGCUUACAUAAAGUACUGAGUCUAUCACCAAAUAUGAAGAUGUUUAACAUCGAUGGCGAAACUUCUCAACAAGUUAUUUCUAUACUCAAAGUUCUUCCGAUUUCUUCACUGAAAAAUUUUACACAUUUGCUAGUGCGAUUCGAAGAAACGGCAUUCGAUUCUAGAUUUCUUAUUGAGUUAGCUCGAAUUAUUUCAUCAAAAAAUAAUUUAAAAUAUCUUUACAUACAUUGUUUUGGUUCGAAAUAUUCACAGAACAGUACGAACCCAUUUCUAUCAACGACAAUGAUGGAUCAUGUGGAAAAAUAUUUUCAUAAUCUAAUUCAUUUAGAUUUAUCAAUAUCCAGAAAAAGUAUACGACAAGAACAAGCAUAUAACAGAUUUAAAGUAUGGUUGCAUCAACAUAAUAAUCAAUUUAUGACAUUGGUUACUUUGAAUGAUUCAAAAACGGAAACAAAAUUAACACUAUGGCGAUGA